UCUGUGAUUUCUUCAAGGAUAUAUACUUCCUCUCUAGAGCAAGACCGUCCAACUUUCUCAGCAAAGCCUCUUUGGGUUUUUGGGGUCUCAAACUCUCUCUCUCUCUCUCUCUCUCUCUCUCUCAUUUCUCUACACACUAUCUUGGCAACCAAACAAAGCUCCAUGAAAGACAACCCAAAAGACCCAGAAAACCUCUACUCAACAUGGACCUUCCCAAAGGUAACAAUAUGCUUCCUCCUCUUGAUCUCUUUCAGCUACAUCUCUUACUCUAUGAAAUUUCUCCACCCAUAUUUAUGUACCCAACAAUCUCAAUCACUUAAUUUCCAAUCCCAUUUUUCCACACCCCAAUCAGCUGAUCCAAACCCACCAACGUCCCAAGAACACAAAACAAACAUCUCCCACAUCGUUUUUGGCAUUGCAGCUUCAGCCGAUCUCUGGCAUCACAGAAAGAACUACAUCAAGCUGUGGUGGAGACCAGACCAAAUGAGAGGCCAUGUUUGGCUAGACCAACCAGUAAAAACAGACCCCAAAUCCAAUCACACCCUUUUACCGCCGUUCAAAAUCUCAGGCGACACUUCCGGCUUCAACUAUACAAACCCAAAAGGCCACCACUCGGCUAUAAGAAUCUCCCGGAUUGUUUCCGAGAGUUUCAGGCUGGGGAUGAAGAAUGUGAGGUGGUUUGUGCUGGGGGACGACGACACCGUUUUCGUGACCGAGAAUCUGGUCAGGGUUUUGCAGAAGUAUGAUCAUAACCAGUUUUACUAUAUCGGAGGAUCGUCGGAGAGUCACUUGCAGAACAUAAAGUUUUCGUAUAAUAUGGCUUAUGGUGGAGGUGGGAUUGCUAUAAGUUACUCUUUAGCAAAAGCCCUUGAGAAAAUGCAGGACAGUUGUAUUCAGAGGUAUCCUGAUUUGUACGGCUCCGAUGAUCGGCUUCAGGCUUGUAUGGCUGAGAUUGGUGUCCCUCUGACCAGAGAAAAAGGGUUUCAUCAGUUUGAUGUAUAUGGGAGCUUGUUCGGCCUCCUAGCAGCUCAUCCAAUCGCACCCCUAGUGUCACUACACCACCUAGAUGUGGUUGAACCCAUAUUCCCGGAUAUGGAUCGGAUCCAUGCCUUACAACGGCUCGAGGCUCCAACGAAGCUCGACUCAGCGGGGCUUGCGCAACAAUCCAUUUGCUACGAUAUCAAUCGGUCCUGGACCAUAUCUGUUUCCUGGGGCUACGCAGUUCAAAUAUUUCAGGGUAUUUCCUCGGCUCGAGAAAUGGAACUGCCACUCAGGACCUUCCUCAAUUGGUACAAGAGAGCUGAUCAUACUGCCUACACAUUCAAUACGGCCUCGGUCAAUAGGCACGCAUGUCAAGUACCGUUUGUAUAUUACUUAUCUAAUGCUUUCUACAAUAGAACUACAAAUCAAACAACCACCGAGUAUGUUCAACAUCAAACACGGAUGCCAGAAUGCAAUUGGAAGAUGGCAAAUCCCUCCCGGAUUCACAAAGUGCAAGUCCAUAAAUCCUCCGACGCGCAUUUAUGGGACAAGGCCCCGAGGAGAAAUUGUUGCAGGGUAUUCCGACCAGAUAGCAAGAAGAAAGGCACCUUGGUCAUUGAAGUAGGAGUAUGCCAUGAAGAUGAAGUGGUCAAAGUGUGGUAAAGUACAUACUCGCAAAAAGCCUUUCUAGCUAGCUAUUUGCAAUUUUGAAAGGCAAAAUAGCUAUCAUAGUUUUUCACUUUUACUUGUCUUUUUUAAGAAGAAAAAUAGUUUUUACCUUACAUCAAUUGUUCACAAAUAUGUGUUAAGACUUUAGAGAAUAUAGUUGGUGUGAAAAAGAGAAUGACCGGAUGAAUGUGGUAUACCUUAUGUGUUAGAACUUAAAAGUAAAAGUGUUUUUA